AUGGGUUAUACUAUCAGCUACAGAAAAGGAUGGUUAGGGAAGCAACAUGCCAUUGAAAGCAUCUUUGGCAACUGGGAGGAGUUAUACAACAAGUUACCAGGAAAGCUGAAGGAGGAAUUAAUUCGAGUAUUGCAUGAAUAUAAAGACUGCUUUGCAUGGGAUUACGAUGAAAUGCCGGGAUUGGAUCGAGGAUUGGUAGAGCAUAGGUUACCUAUGAUGCCUGGAAAGAAACCUGUUAAGCAAAGCCCUCGAAGGUUCGCUCUUGAAGUAAUCGAAAAGAUAAAAGAAGAAAUCGAGGGGUUAUUGAAAGCAAAGUUCAUCAGAACCUCAAGAUAUGUUGAGUGGAUAUCGAAUAUCGUGCUCAUUAUAAAAAAGAAUGGAAAACUCAGGGUAUGCAUCAAUUUUCGAGAUCUCAAUACAGCUACCCCCAAGGAUGAGUAUCCUAUGCCUAUUGCUGAGACUAUGAUAGAUGUUGCUGCAGGUGCUUUAGGCGUGUAUGAAUGGGUGAUGAUGCCAUUUGGAAUGAAAAACGCAGGUGCUACUUAUCAGAGGGAAAUGAAUUUAAUAUUCCAUGAUUUAAUUGAAUCCAUGAGAGUUAUAUUGCUAUGGCAGAAGUACAUGAAGGCAUCUGUGGAGCACAUCAAGCAGGAGGUUGAGCAAAAAGACAUAAUUGAUUUUGUCGAAGAUCAUAUUAUAACGAGGUUUGGAAUUCCCCAAACAAUUAUCACUGAUCAAGACACAGUUUUUACGGGUCGAAAGGUUGCUCAAUAUGCUCAAUCAUAG